AUGCACUCCACCACUCUCAUCGCGGUCUUCACCGGCCUCCUCUCCUACACAAGUGCAACCUUCUUUCACGUUAACCGCGGCUGCAUCUACCUCAACGACAUCUAUAUCUGCGCCCCAAGCUCACGUGUAAUUGGCAAUGGCGUGUCUAAAGUUGAAGCCCGUCUCGACAAGCCAGAUCACUGCGUAAAGACAUUUAGGUGGCCCUCUUACUAUCAGGAUGUGUACUAUGGCGCAGACAACUGCUUGUACGACGCUAGUAGCAACAGGAUCGAUAAUCAGUGCUGCUAA